UUGUUGGUGUGACACACUGAGCUGUCAGCAACAGGUUCUCUCAGUAACAACGCAGCUAAACUUUCACAUUUUCCCAUCAAAAUACAGCUCUCAGUGGAUAAUAAACCUUCACAGUGUGUGUGGGAGACCGUCCAGGAGUGGUGGAUGAAAACUUCAGGACCCUCGGAAGAUCGGAAGUUGGUGUUUUUUGGUGGUGAGAGAGAUGGCUGCGAGCAGUAGCUGAGGACGCCGUCGGGAGUUCCCCCUCUCUGCCUCUGCCACCUGCAAAUAUGAAUGGUGGUCUAAGUGUUUGGGCGGUCACUCCAGAGGAGAGGGUCAAACAUGAUCAGAAGUUUGACACCCUCUCCCCAUCAAUGGGCUAUGUCUCAGGGGAACAGGCGAGGAAGUUUUUCCUCCAGUCAGGGCUGCCUCCUUCAGUUUUGGCUGAGAUAUGGGCUCUGGCUGACAUGAAUAAAGAUGGGAAGAUGGACAGGUUGGAGUUUUCCAUCGCUAUGAAGCUCAUAAAACUGAAACUCCAGGGUACACAGCUUCCCUCAGCACUGCCAAUCAUCAUGAAGCAGCCUCCAGUGCCUGCUCCCAACCUCAGUAAUCUCAGUAACCCAGCCUAUGGUAUAUCUUCUGUACCUACAAUGUCGAUGAUGCCUGGGACAAACCUUGCCAUGUUGACCCCUAUGUCCAUCUCCAUGGCAAACCCUGGACUUGCAACUAUGACACCAAUGACAGGCCUCACUCCUUUGGUUCCUACAGCAACAGGCAUGAGCCCUUUAAUGGCCUCCACCUCCUCCAGGCCCCUGAUGCCCACCAUGGGAAACACCACCCUGCCAAAUGGCUCCAUUCUCCAACCAAUGCCAGCUGGAACUUUGGCCCCUGGCCUACCUCUCUCUGCAUCCCCCUACUCCUCUCCGUUUGGACGCCCCGCUUCUCCUGCUAGUAUGAACAAAGCCUCAUCACUGCUGGACUUGGGAUCUAUCAGCUCCGCUUCCUCGUCCCCCUCUGUGAUGUCCCCCAUGGCUGCUGUUCCCAGCGACUGGGCUGUGCCACAUGCCUCCAGACUCAAGUACAGACAGCAGUUCAACGGCUUGGAUAAACAAAUGACAGGAUACCUCACUGGUCAGCAGGUGAGAGGUGCCAUGGCGACCACGAUGCUGACUCAGACACAGCUGGCUUCCAUCUGGACUUUAGCUGAUGUGGAUAAGGACGGCAAGCUAAAAGCUGAGGAGUUUAUUCUGGCAAUGCAUCUUGUGGACAUGGCAAAGAUGGGGCAACCACUGCCGCUAACACUGCCAACUGAACUGGUACCACCCUCACAAAGGAGUGCAGUGAAUGGAUCCAGCUCUUCUCUCUAUGCAGCGCUGCCUGAAGACUUUGACGUAGAGCCUCCACAGAAAAACAAACCCAACAUGACGUUUGAGGAUAAAUUCAAAGCCAACCUGGAGCGUGGGAAUGCAGAACUGGAAAGAAGACGACUUGCGCUGCAGGAGGCGGAGAGGAAAGAGCGGGAGCGUCAAGCUCAGAAGGAGAGAGAGGAGCGAGAGAGGAGAGAGAGGGAGGCUCGGGAGGCUGAGGAGAGGAGGAGGAAAGAGGAGGAGAGGAGGCUGGAGCGGCAGAGGGAGCUGGAAAGGCAGAAAGAGGAGGAGCGACAGAGAGAGAUCGAGAGGAAAGAGGCUGCACAGCGGGAGCUCGAGCGUCAGAGGAAGGAGGAGUGGGAGAGGAGGCGGCGAGGAGAGCUCCAGAUAAAAAAGGAGCAGGAGCAGGAUGAGAUCAUCCAAUUGAAAGCCAAGAAGAGGAGUCUUGAGAUGGAGCUGGAGGCUGUGGGUAACAAGCAUCGUCAGAUCUCAGACCGGCUGCGUGACUUCCAGAACAAGAAGAAGCAUCAGAAGACGGAGCUGGAUUUGACCAAUCAAAGAAAAGAGACACGCCAGCAGGACAUUAACAACCUGCAGAAACAGCUAGAGGAGUUCCAGAGGAAGUUGUCCCAGCUGACUCCGGAGCAGAAGAGACUGACGGAGAAACUCAGAAACAUGUCACUGAAUAACAUGCCUGUGUCAACCAUGUCGACGAUGAAGGUAGCUGCCACGGAGAAAAAAGCGACAUGUGUGAAACUGCGAGAGCAGCUGGAAGCUCUGGAAAAAGAGACUGCUGCCAAACUGUCUGAGAUGGACCAGUACAACAGUGAUAUGCAAGAACUGAGGGAGAGCCAGAGAAAACAGCAGGCAGCUCUUGAAAAACUACAGAGCAUCAAGGAGGACAAGCGGCGUGAGCUGAGUCGAAAGAAAAAGGAGGAGGAGGAGAGGAAGAGGAGAGAAGCGGAAAGGAAACGGCAGGAGGAGGAGAGAAGGCGGAGGGAGGAGGAGGAAGCUCAGAGGCGUAUUAAGAUGGAAAAAGAACGCCAAUGGCAGGAGAAGCUGAAGAGGGACGAAGAGGAGCGUCUGAGGAGACUUCAGGAGGAGAAAGAGGCCAAACAAAGGGAGGAGGAGGAGAGGGAGAGACUGGCCCUCAUCCAGGCUGCCAAGGAGGAGGCUGAACGAGAACUCAGAGCAAAGGAGGAGGCAGAGCGGAAGAGAAGAGAGGCAGAGGAGAGGAAGAGAAGAGAGGAAGAGGAGCGGCAGAAGCAAGCAGAGAGACGAAGGCAGGAGGAGGAGAGGAGGCAGCUGGAGGAGGAGAGGAGGCAGCUAGAGGAAGAAAGGAGGAAACUGGAGGAAGAGAGAAGGAAAGAGGAGAAGAGACGGAAAGAAGAGGAGGACCGGCGCAGGAGGGAGGAGGAGAAGAAGAGGUUAGAGGAGGAGCGGAGAGAGUUGGAGCGUCAAAGAGAGAAAGAGGAGGAGGAGAAGAGGAGACAGAGGGCAGCCAUGGCCGCCGUCCGAGAUGCGGAGGAGAGAAGAAAGCGAGAGGAGGAGGAGAGAAAGAAGAGAGAGGAGGAGGAGAGGAGAAGGAGGGAUGAAGAAAGGAGGAGGCGUGAGGAGGAAAAAAAGAGGGUGGAGGAGGAGAGGAAGAGAAAAGAGGAGGAAGAGGAAAGGAGGAAAGCCGAGGAGGCGAGAAAGAGGAAGGUGGAGGCACCUCGUCAGCAGCAGCAGCAGCCAGGUGGAGGAGGGAAGGUUGAUAUUCAGGAGAAACUGACGGCUCUUCUGAAAGGACUGGAGGAGAGGAAGGGUGGGCAACCCAGGGCCAGACAACACAGGAAGUCAGCAGCACUCACAUCCUUCAAAGCUCUCUACCCGUUCACUGCCCGAAACAAUGAAGAGCUUGACUUUGAAGCAGAUGAUAUCAUCGAGGUUGAUGAGACGACAGAGCGGGAGGAGGGUUGGUUGUACGGCAGCAGACAGGGGAAGAUGGGCUGGAUCCCAGAGAGCUACGUCGAGAGAUUGGCUCCAUCAGACACGGCUAAUAACACUCCUGCUGCUGCUGCUGCUGCUGCUGCUGUUGCUCCUAAAAUGGCGCUUCAGUCACAGCUCUCCAAUGCUCUCGAGGCUGUCAAGGCAUCAGGAACAAAGUCAGCCUUUACGCCAACGCACUCUCCACACCCUGCACCCUCUGAGACACACGGACAGAAGGUGGUGGGUAAUCUGUUAGCCCAGGCCCUGUGCUCGUGGACGGCAAAGACAGAUAACCAUCUGAACUUCAACAAGGAUGAUGUCAUUCAGGUGUUGGAGCAGCAGGAAAACUGGUGGCUGGGAGAGCUGAACAAUGAACGGGGCUGGUUCCCCAAAACAUACGUGACACUGCUGGGAGAAGAAGAGAGUUCAGACAUGAAGAGCUCUCCUUCUGAUGCUUCGGAGUCUAGCGACAGCCUGCAGCUUGAAGAGUAUACAGCGCUGUACACCUAUGAGUCUCCUGAGCCUGGUGAUCUGACCUUUCAAGAGGGAGACGUGAUUUUGGUGAGCAAGAGAGAAGGAGAGUGGUGGCACGGCUCUAUAGGCAACAGCACGGGCGUCUUCCCCAGCAACUACGUCAAACCUAAAGAGGCAGAUACAUCAAGUAUCGCUGGAAAGAAGAAGCCAGAGAUCGCCCAGGUGAUUAGGCCCCACCCCUCUACUGGCCCUGAACAGCUGAAUCUGGAAAAUGGUCAGCUCAUCCUCAUCCUUGGCAAGAACGCCUCUGGCUGGUGGCUCGGAGAACUGCAGGCCCGUGGUAAAAAGCGUCAGAAGGGCUGGUUUCCUGCCUCUAACGUCAAAAUAUUAGGAUCCAACAGUGGCAAGUCCACGCCAGCUCCCCAACCAGUCUGUCAAGUGAUAGCGAUAUACGACUACACAGCCGCCAACGGGGACGAGAUGAGCUUCUCCAAAGGUCAGCUGAUCAACGUUUUGGACAAGAACGACCCUGAUUGGUGGAAAGGAGAGGUCAACGGGGUCACUGGUCUCUUCCCCACCAACUACGUUAAGAUGACCACAGCCGAUUGUGACCCCAGCCAGCAGUGGUGUGCAGACCUGAACAGUCUGGACUCGAUGAGCUCCCAGGAGAAGAAGAGACAGGGUUACAUCCAUGAGCUGAUCCAGACAGAGGAGAGAUACACAGAAGACUUGCAGAUAGUGCUGGAGGUUUUCCAUAAGCCUAUGUCAGAGUCGGGCCGGCUGAGUGAUGCAGAGAUGACCAUGAUCUUCGUCAACUGGAAAGAACUGCUGGCCUGCAACUCUAAACUUCUCAAGGCGCUCCGUGUGCGUAAGAAGAUGGGCGGGGAGAACAUGCCAGUGCAGAUGAUUGGAGAUAUCCUGUCUGCGGAGCUGUCGCACAUGCAACCCUACAUCCGGUUCUGUUCCUGUCAGAUCAACGGAGCAACAAUGCUCCAGACUCGCAUCGACAGCGAGCCGAACUUCAAAGAUUUCCUCAAGAAAAUUGCCACAGACUACAGGUGUAAAGGCAUGCCGCUGUCCAGCUUCCUGCUGAAACCCAUGCAGAGGAUCACACGCUACCCACUGCACAUCAAAAACAUCCUGGAGUGCACUCCAGAGGGUCACGCUGACCGCGGCCCUCUGAAAGAGGCUCUGGAGAGAGCGGAGGAACUCUGUCAACAGGUGAACGAGGGUGUGAGAGAAAAGGAGAACUCUGACAGACUGGAAUGGAUUCAGAACCACGUACAGUGUGAUGGUGCUGCAGAGAACAUGGUCUUUAACUCUCUUACAAACUGUUUGGGACCCAGGAAACUGCUCCACAGCGGCAAGAUGCACAAGGCAAAAAGCAACAAGGAGCUCUGGGCUUUCCUCUUCAACGACUUUUUGCUUUUGACUCACACGGCUAAACAGUUCACCUCAUCGGGGAUAGAUAAACUGUUCAGCAACAAGAACAAUGUGCAGCUCAAGAUGUACAAGCCGCCUGUGUUGCUUAACGAAGUUCUGGUGAAGCUGCCAGAUCCCUCUAGCGAUGAGCCCACCUUCCACAUCUCACACAUCGACAGAGUGUAUACACUGAGGACUGACAACAUCAAUGAACGGACGGCCUGGGUUCAGAAGAUCAAGGCUGCGUCUGAAGAAUUUAUUGAGACGGAAAAGAAAAAAAGGGAAAAGGCCUAUCAAGCACGAUCUGUGAAAACCAGUGGAAUCGGCAGACUUCUUGUCACCAUCUUGGAGGCCACUGAACUCAAGGCAGCCAAACCCAAUGGUAAAAGUAACCCCUACUGUGAAGUGACAAUGGGAGCUCAGAUAUUCACAUCCAGAACGCUCAACGACACUCUGAACCCCAAGUGGAACUUCAACUGUCAGUUCCACAUCAAAGACCUUUACCAGGACGUCCUCUGUAUCACCAUCUUUGAAAGAGACCAGUUUUCACCUGAUGACUUUCUGGGUCGGACAGAGGUUCCUGUGGCAACCAUCAAGAAAGAGCUGGAAAACAAGGGACCGGUAACACGUCGUCUCCUGCUGCACGAGGUUCCCACAGGGGAAGUGUGGGUCCGCCUUGACCUGCAGCUCUAUGGCAACAAAUAGACAAAUAGGAUGAACUGAAAUAACGAUGGAGUCUUGUACAGAGACCUCCACACAAGGAUGUUUUCCUCCUGCAGCGUAACCAAAUAAGACAGGAUGCUUUUUGUCACCUAAACAAACCCGGAUGCCCCCUCCCUCACACAUGCCUAAUAGACACUCCUGAACUGAACACACGUCACGCCUUAAUAUUCAAUAUUAACCAGCACUAAUAAUACCUCUAUGAUGUCAUCUGAAUCUUCCAGUAGGGGAUUAGGGUCUGAGUGACAUCAUCUGAAGCCACCAAUAGGAAUCAGAGCUCCCCUUGUUUUUUCUGGCUCAUGAUCUGAGAUAGGAAGGUUAGCAUGAUGGUUGCAGCUGUUUGCACCUGCACAAGAUGUACUGUACUCUGUGACGAAGGUAAAAGGAAGAACUACAGUGUGACACAAAGCUGAAUCUGCUGUAAUAAUUUAUAACCUUCAGAGGGACAAGAACUGGACAAAAACAGUCUACAAACAAAUAAUCCUAAUAUUAAUAAAUCAAUAAAACUACAUGUAAAGGGGUCUUAGAUAUUACCUAGACUCCAGCCGUUCUGUAUCUCACUUACAACUGUCGGAUCUUAAGUGUUCAGUCAUUGAGACGCACUUUGCCAAGUCUGCUCAACCAAGGCCAUCUAGUAAGUUUAUGUUUAGUGUUUUCCUCAACUUACAGGAUAUGUAUAUGUGGACUUUUUGGGAUGAGGUCAUGACUGAUGGUUUUCAAGAGACACUGCUUCCUUACGGUUUCUCACAGUGACAUUAAGUGCAGCAUAAACAGUAGACGGCAGAUGAUGGACAGCAGCACGGACAGUCAGACAACUCGGACAGCUCUGGUCUGGAGUCAGUUUACUACUGUAGAUAGAGGAUCUCAGGAUAUGUCGUUCUGAGUUGAAUCUGUGUCACUGUAAAAAUGUGUGUGUGUGUGUGUGUGUGUGUGUGUCGUUGGAGUGUACAAGUGUAAACAUUUAGUUGAGAUAUUAGUAACAUACAAAUAUCUUAGGGCUCUCGAUGCUGCAACUUUUUGGAGUUAACUCGUAACUUGUGGCCUUAAUGCAAGUCAUCUUUUUUGUCUUUUAAAAUCUGCCAGUUUCUGAUACCAUUAGAGUUUUUUGGGAUGACGUUCAUGGUCUUAGGAGGAAUUUAUUAGCCUUUUCUUUUGUGUGCAAAACCAGCCAAGGUCAAGUAGUUUCAGUGCAACAUAAUACAGGUGAUAAAAGGACGCAGGUAUGAAAAGCUGUACUAACAAACACCUUGAGCUCUUUCUCCAGCUGAGUCAGCUCUUCUCGCCUUUUUUCAGUGUGGAGGAUUUUGAGGAUGUCAAUGUUUUGAGGCAACACAGAUCGGCAGCGUUAAUAAAAAGCAGUAUUUUUACACUUUCACCCUGCCACCUUUCACCCUCAGUGUCAUUCUCUGGUCUUUUACCUCACUGACAGCAAUAUUUUCCGUCUCUGUUGCCUCAAGAAGUUGCCAUUGUAAACAUCCGCCAUGAAAACUUUACAUGGAUGUAUUGUGUAAAAGGUUUUUAUUUAUGUCGUCGGUUGAUUUUUUGGUGUCUUCUGCCUCGUUUUUACUCUUUUGUCCUUUGCAUCCAGUUUCUAACUUUGAGCGCCUGCUGGUGCUCCGGAUAUUAACAAAAAGUGUUGUAUUUAUUUCUUAAUUUAUGCGUGUGUGACUAUCCAAAGGUUUGGAGCGGCUUUGCUUGCUGUGUCUUCUUGGAUAAUCAGUUGGUAUCCACUGGGUUUGUUUUGUGUGAUGUCAGAUAUUAAAAUGUGUUCAGCGGACACUUGUCAACACUGUUUUGAAAGGCGAUGUAACAUCUUAGAGGAUUCUCUGCGAUUGAGUUUUACUGUAAGUAGACUAGAUCACUAGUCAUUUUGUUAGGCCUGCUAUUUUGUAUUCUUUUAAUUUGUCUUAUUCAGUCCACAAAAGUCUGUUUUUAAGUCCUGUAUUAACUUUGAUGUUUCUUUGAAUUUAUGGAAAAUGUGCAAAUAGACUGGACUCCCUUCCUCGUCUGUGUAGGGGUGUUUAAGUUUGUUUUACUUUGUGUUUUCUGCAGCCUUCUGCAUUGACUGCUGCUGUGCUAACUGAGUUUAGUGACUGUCUGAUCAGCCUGGGGUCUGUAACCUGCUGUUUGUACUCACUUUGGCCUCCAUGUGGCACUCUCUGAAUCAGGGUUUCUUAAGUCAAAUUAAAGACAUUAAAAGUAAACAAACUGUCAAAUUAUUGGCUGGCUAAACAAAAGGGACAUUAACACUGUAAACUAUCAGCAGCAGUGCAUAAGGGGUGAGUGGCCUCUGGACUUUAGACAAAAUAGUUAUGUAAUAAAGAUUUAUUCAGUGCUGUAUGUUAA